AUGGAACGCUCAGCCCGGAGUAAUGUUAUCUCUAUCUGGCCUACAUAUGGUCGUCUGUUCAAGACUCGAGAGUUUGUCGCCCUGCUUUCGGCACGAGAAGAAGAAGCUUCGGUGGUGGCUCUCGCACAUUAUGGUGCACUAAUUCAUCCUCACCAUGACAAGUGGGUGUUUGGUGAUGGAGACCAAAUUUUGAACGAAUCAGUUCAAGUAUAUUUAAUGGACAGACUGGUUCGAAUCGCCGCUACAGAUGCUAGUGGAAACAGCCCUGAAAGGAAGUGA